AUGUCAGGUAUAGAGUAUUUAUAUACAUGCAAACCAGUAGAGGAUGAUCAGCUGAAUAGCUAUCGCAUCAUUCCCAACCCUCUCUCCAACUUUCCUCUUUGUUCAUCGUUGAUCAAUCAAUCUUUUGUUGAUGAACACCAGAUAUCUUGGUGUGAUAGAUCUGUAGCAUCAGGAUCGUUAGUGACAAGAGGAGUAGGAGGAGGAGGGGACUGUAUCACAUGGUCUUCACCAUCCAACUUUGGUGUCAUUAAAAAGAAGUUUAGUGUAUCAAAUACAACUAGUAGUUCUUCAUCUUCUUCAUCAUCAUCAUCUUCUUCAUCAACAGGACAAAUCAAACAAGUGUCAUGGAUUAGAUUACCAUUUCAUAAUUGUUCAACUAAUACAACAAAUACAACUAAAAAUAAUAAUGAAGAUAGUAAUCAAUUUAUUUGUAUAUUACUAUCACAAUCUUUAAACAUUCACAAUACUAUUGGAAAGAGUUAUACCAUUUCAUUGCCAUGUGCGAUAAAGUCUAUUUGGCCAACACCAUUUGGAAUGCUGUUGGAACGUGCUAGAAUGGAUCAUCUGGGGAUGGACAGACAAUCACAUUUAGACAAACCUACUCUAUUCUCUAUUCAUCAUCCUCUUGAGGAGGUUAAACCCAUCCUACUUUUACUGGAAGAGGGUGAAGAAGAAAAGAAACAUAAUGUAACUACUGUCCAAGACAAUAACGAUGACGACUACCAAUCAACCUCAAGGCUAGAAGAAGAGGAUUCUUCUAUGCUUGCACCUUUAGUAUCGUUCUUUUACGAUAUCUCAUACUCGAUUGUGUACAGUGACGCAAAUUACCCAAUCAUGGUGGCCUAUAAACACGACACGCGUCACCAUGUGGUCUACCAGAUCAAAUCAAAGGCACCAGCACCUAAAACACUCGAUUCGCUCGUACCUCCACCCGAUGAGGCGUCUCCGGGCCACCACAGACGUCGUCUUGACGAGACUGUCGAACGUAGCUACAUUGACGAUAUGAAUGAGGGACACUACCUCGACAGCGACAUUGUAGUCUGUGAAAUUAUGCGUUACCAAAUACCAGACAGUCAACCAAACGACACUAUAUUCAUCACAUUGGAUGAUACUCGGUCCCCAAUCCUUUGCAUUCAAAGUCUUUUCACUCUAUACUGUUAUUCUAUCAUAACCUCCUCGGGACACAACAACAACAACAACAACAUUCAAUUAAAACAACAAUUCACAAUCCCAAAUAUUCAAUCUUCAAGUCCAAUUCACAUUAAUCAAUUUUAUAAUAAUUUGAAUAGUAAUAAUAAUAAUCAACAUCAACAAAAACAAAGAAUGACACAUAUAGCAGCAUUGGAUAAAAUAACAAAUAGAUUAGUUAUAUAUUGGGGAUCAUUUCAAAUUGCUAGUUAUUCAUUACCAAAAGGUACAACUAGUAUAAAGGAUCCAGUUGGAAAUCAUCUUACUCUAGUCAAUAGUUUCACUGGAAACGAGGAAAGAUUCAAAAUCAAUAUGAUUGUUAGUAUGAUUGUAUCGGAUUGUAUGUCAUCUUUAUCAUGUUUUUUGGAUAAACAAACUACUAGUUUUAUAUAUCAACAAUUAAAUUUGGAACAACAAAAAGGAAAUAAUAAUAAUAAUAAUGAUAAAAUAGAUUUAAAAUCAAAACAAAUCAUUCAACAAGAUUUAUUUUUUAAUUUUAUAAUUUAUUUAAUUAAUCAAAAUAGUAAUAAUCAAAAUAAUAAUAAUAAUAAUAAUAGUAGUGAUAAUAAUAUAGAUGGAGUUGAAUCAGAUUGGGAAUAUUUAUUAUCAUCCAAUUUACAUAAAUCAAAUCAUUUUUUAUCAACUUUUAAUCCUCCUCCAAAACUUUUCAACAACAACAAAAUAACAAAUAAUAAUAAUAACAUGUUUAAAGAUAUUAAUUUAAAAUGUGAUCCAUUUAAAAUAUUAUUAGCAUUACAAUAUCAAUAUGAAGAGUAUAAAAUUAUGACUUUUCAUAAUAAUAAUAUGAAAUGGUUAUUAAAUUUAAAUUCAAAAAUUGCAAUAAUAUUAAAAUUAAAAUCAUAUAUUGAAUAUUAUAAAAAAGAAGGAGCUAUUAUUGAUAAUAAUGAUAAUAUUCAAUUUGAUGAUAAUAAUUCUAAUGUACCACCAUCAAUUUAUAAAUAUGUAUUAUCAUGUUUAAAUUGUAAAAAUGGUAAAAGUAAUAUUUUAGAUCAUGGAUUUGAUAGAAAUAUUAUUUUUGGAGUACCUUUAUUCAAAUGGUUACCGAUUGUCAUUAAAAUAUUCUAUUUGAUUGGUCAACAGGCUAGUCAAGAGGAUAUUGUAUUGUGUGCCAUCGAGAAUGGAAUAUGUUUGGAUGAUUUGGAUGCUUUCCAUCUUGGUUUUGCCAUUCCAUUGCUAGAGGCAAUUAGAGCGUGUCGGUCAACACCACCAACCUACUGGCCAUUAGAAGGCUAUACUUUAAUUGGUAGACAAGAUCUAGUUAACCAUUAUUACCAGCAAUCUGCUACUGUAAUUUCAACAGAUCAACAACAACAACUAGACCACAACAUCAAUUUUAAAUCAUUGUUUAAAACAAAAUCAUCAACUUGUUUGGGAAAACAAAUUACAGCAUUGCGAUUUAGUAGUGAUAGACGAGUUGAAGAAGCAACAAGGUUAUUAGAUUUCAGUAACAAGAUUAUAUUGUAUCAGACACAAGAGGCUGGUGUAAGCGAUCACGACUAUCUCCAAGACUUGCGUGACAAGUUGGUGUUGGCGUGUCAGCGGUCGCUUGCGUUGCCAGUUGGCGCGUCGAUGUUGACGAUUGGCACGUCGUUGUCCAUGUUGGCAGAGACGAUUGAUAUUGCACCGAUUUGUACAGCUGGACAGAUUGCAGGUGCCAAGACGGGUGGAGGUGUUGCUUUGGAGCAGGGUGUGCUCGGCGCAGACCAGCUGUCGUGGCCACUAUUCCACAGCGGUGUGGCAGCAGGUCUCAAGAUUAUCAACACCAACAUUUACGAUGACAGUAUGGGAGGGUCGGUCGUCGACAAUAGCGGACUGACCAACACGUGGAUCGUGUAUAACCGUCCGUUAGAAGGACCGGCUCAUUCUGGAUUACUCCUCGCACUCGGCCUACAAAAACGUCUCUCUUCACUUGCCUUUACAAAGGUGUACGAGUAUCUCAGCUACGGACACCAACUCACUUCAGUCGGACUGCUACUCGGCAUUGCAUGCUCGAAAAUGUCGACCAUGGACAUGUCUGUUGCCAAGGUACUGUCAGUCCACAUCCCCUCACUCCAUCCACCCUCCUCGAUUGACCUCGAGUUACCUAGCUACGUACAAACUGCCGCUGUCAUGGGAAUGGGACUUCUCUAUGCCGGCACAUGUAAUCGUCGUAUGAGUGAAGUUUUACUCGGCGAAAUAUCGCGUACACCAAACUCCUCCUCCUCCUCCUCUAGUCCAAGUCCUGGAAAUGAAAGAUCACUCAUGAUGGAUCGAGAUGGGUACGCUCUAUCUGCCGGUAUAGCAUUGGGGAUGAUCAAUCUUGGAAAAGGUGGUGGUGUCGGUGGUGAGGGUAUAUCUCUUGAUCUUGAAAACAGAUUAAAAGUUUUAAUCAACUAUCAAUUCAACUCUAAAAAUCAACAACAAAAGUUUGGAAAUCAAUCCAACAAUGGUUCAAAAAAAUCAUCUUCCUCUUCUUCUUCUUCUACUUCUUCAAAUUUUGCAUCAAAAUCAAAUAUACUUUAUGAAGGAAAUGCAUUAAAUCAUGAUAUUACAGCACCAGCUUCAAUAUUGGCUUUAUCUUUGACAUAUCUCAAAACAAAUGACACCAAGAUUGCAUCACAUUUGGAUAUUCCAGAAUCAGUAUAUGGGUUGCAGUACAUUCGUAGUGACUUGUUGCUUCUUAGAACACUUGGAAAGUCGCUGGUGAUGUGGGAUUCGGUUGGAUCAGAUUUGAAUUGGGUGAUUGCUCAAGUACCAAAGACUAUAUUAGAAGUGAUUAAUAUUAGAAAGCAGUCUAAAUUGAUGACAACUGUCUCUUUUUCGUCACUAGCCAACCAACCAUUUAUUAUUCAUCCACCAAGACACCAAGAUGACGAUGUUCAGUUGUUUGUGUUGGCAUUUAUCAAUAUUGUGGCAGGUGCAUGCAUGUCGAUUGGAUUAAAGUAUGCAGGAUCAGCCAACAAGGAUGCAUUCAAGACACUGUUGGAUAUGACCGACACGUUGUAUCGAUUCCAACAACACCUAGUCAAAUGUUCACAUCAGAGUCAGAGACAACGUCGUCGUCUGCUACUUGCCAAGGACGGUAAUGCAAAAACGAUGCCGUCAUUGGUAGUCGACCAACUACUCGACGACAAGACUAUGCGAAUCACCAAUGAAACUGCGUUGGAUGUGUGUGCAAUCGCCAUGUCGAUGGUGAUGGCUGGCACGGGCGACUUGGACGCACUGACCAUGCUGCGAUCGAUUCGGUCACGUGUCGGAAAGGAAAUAACGUAUGGCAACCACAUGGCCAUCGGUAUGGCCGUCGGCCUGCUCUUUCUCGGCGGUGGACAGUACACACUGUCGACAGGCAACAUUGCCAUUGCAUCGCUCGUCACUGCAUUCUACCCGAAAUUCCCAAUGUCGUCAACCGACAAUCUCUACCAUCUCCAAGCGUUCCGUCAUCUCUACUAUAUUGCCGUUGAACCGAGAUGUCUUGUCACACUCGACGUUGACACGUCCACUCCAUGUCACGUACCCGUCGAACUCGAUGUAUGGGGAGACGACGGCAAAGAGUCGUACGAGACUAUUAGCAAGGUGACACCGUGUCUCUUGCCACAAUUUGAACGCAUUAAAUCUAUUCGUGUAUCUAGUCCACGGUACUGGUCAAUUGGAUUCAAAUCACAUGAAUCCCAACCCAAACAAAACCCAAUUGUCAUUACCAAACAUCCAAUCAUCAAUGUCAAACGAAAGAUUGGACAUUUACCAUAUAGUGAAGAUCCAGAAGGUUUCAAAUCACUGGUAAAAUCACUUCCCAAUGCUUCUUUAGAGUAUAGUUUAUCUGGUGGCCAAAACAACAACAACGCUACCACCACCACCAAUACUACACAUCUAUACCAAAACAAUGAUGAUAUAUCAAGUAGAAAGAAACAAAGUAAAGAAGAUAUAUUAAAAGUAUUUUCAGCCGAUCCAAGUGUAAUCUCUUUUGCUCAAUAUUUUUGUAAUACCAAUAGUGGGGAUGGAAAUGACAAUACAUCACUCUUGUUUGAAUGUAUUGCACAUGACAAACCAGAAAUGCUAGCAAUCUAUCAACAACUAUCAUCAAUUCUUGCCAAUUUAAAAUACCAUUCACAAUGCUCUCUUACCAUGUCAAACCUUCGUAUCAUCUUGCAAUACUAUGAUCGAUUAAAUAGAAUGAAACAAAAUCAACAAAAUUUAUCAUUAAUUAAAUCAUCCUAUUUAAUGGCAUUUGAAUCUAGGAUUGAUAAUUAUUUUGAUAAAAAUAAUCAAAAUAAUAAUAAUAAUAAUAAUAAUAAUAAUAAUAAUAAUAAUAAUAAUAAUAAUGGAUAUUCUUCAUUUUAUGAUCUUCCAUCAUCAUCGCAACAAAUGAUAGAAAAUGGUAAUCUAAAAGAGAAAUUUGAUCAAUUCAAUUAUUAUACUGUUGGAAAAUUAAUCAAUUAA